AUGUCGUUAAUGGAUUUGACUCAUCUUUGUUGGUUUAAGGCGGAGGAUAAAAAGUCAAGGAAUCAAAAAUGCAUCAUGAACCUUCUAGUGGACAGAGUAAAGUACGAUGACUUUCACCCGCUUCUCGAGCUAUGCAAUGAGAUCAACGCAUCUGUGGUAGAAGGAAUUGAUCUCUUUGUGGGAUCAUCUUGUUCUUUGGAAGAUCAUUAUGUAUUGUCCUUAGCUCGUUCUGGUAAUCAAAAACUUCGACUUGUUCAUAUUCAUGAUUCUUUCGGGGAAAAAUUCUGGCGGGAUUUGUUCUUUCAAGGGUUGAGCUGCCAAGUUUUGAAUCUGAGGUCUUUACAUUUCCGUAAGCUUAACAUCGUAGGAGAGUUCGCACAGCUGCACACCCUUAUACUCGAUGAAAACCGUGUUCAUGCUUUUGGGGAAGACUGUUUUUCUUGCAUGCCCAAAUUGACAUAUCUCUCCAUGUGCGACACUCUGGUGUCGGAUCUUUGGACAGCAAGUGCUGCUCUCUCGAAACUCCCCUCUCUUAAGGAGCUCCGUUUCCAAGAUUGGAUUUGUUGCAGUGAUUCUAGCCCACUUAAAUCGCAGCCAUCUUCUUCCCGGGAUGAUGAAAACACAUUUCAUGAAUCAAACUCUUCCAGUGGAGCAGAUUUACUUGUUGAAGAGACUUUUGACGGCAUGGAUUUCUCGUAUAAAAUUCCUGAGCAAGAUGAUUUGGAUUCACGUAUCUCCGUGUCUUCAGAGUUGAAUGGAGACAUAUUCAUGAGGGAGAAGAUUAGGAAAUGGAAGAAGCCGUACCAAACCAACGAUGUUUCACCCGUUGGUUCGUUCACAAGACAACAUGGGAACGUUGGGUUGAAAUAUAUAUCCUCAAAAGCAUCACCGAUAUGUUUCAAAAAGCAUUACAGGAUGUACAUGAUAAAGUCUCUGCCCAAAUUAAAGGUGUUGGACAAUUUGGCUAUCCGGGAGAGUGAUAGAGAUAGGGCCACUGAAACAUAUUCCUCAAACUUUGAGCAUUUACCUUACAAGAGGAAGAACAAGGAAAGCGUAGUCAGAGUCCUGGAGAAGCGUGAAACGAGAUCAAGCAAAGGGAAGUCUCAGAAUUCGUAUACAAGGUCUCUUUGUGCGGCUAGGAUGGGAUCUUCUGCUUGGCCUCUCAUGCAUUCGCUUCCGUUCAGUAGGAAUCACCGGGAAGAUGAAAACACGAGAUUAUGUCCGAGGCAGUUUGAAUACCAUCCGUUGGAUCCUAGCCUAAUGGUAUUUGGGACUUUGGACGGCGAGGUGGUUGUUCUCAAUCACGAAAGCGGGAAAAUUGUGCGUUACAUCCCAUCUCAUGGAUCUCAGAGUAGUAUCUUGGGACUUUGUUGGCUCAAGAUUUAUCCAUCUAUGGUUAUAGCUGGCUCAGCCAACGGGUCACUGAAGUUGUACGACAUUGAAAAAGCUUCAUCCACAGUUACUACUAGCAGUCACUCCACUUCUGGUUCUGUUACUUUUGAUGCGUUUGACCAGUUAACCUCGGUUCAUGUUAAUUCGACGGACAAACUGUUUCUUGCUAGCGGAUACUCAAAGGACGUGGCUUUGUAUGACAUUGGUAGCGGAACACGUUUGAAAGUUUUUGCUGAGAUGCAUCAAGAGCACAUUAACGUGGUGAAAUUUUCGAACCACUCCCCAUCUCUUUUUGCGACUUCUUCUUUCGACAGAGAUGUUAAGCUAUGGGAUCUGAGACAAGAGCCAUCCCGACCAUGCUACACGGUUUCUAGUACCAAAGGAAACGUGAUGGUUUGCUUCUCUCCAGAUGAUCGGUAUCUUCUAACAUCAGCCGUGGACAACGAGGUGAAGCAGCUUUUGACAGUUGACGGAAGGCUUCAUCUGAAUUUCGAGAUAGUGCCAACAGGAAGCUCCAUGAACUAUACUCGAUCGUAUUACAUGAAUGGUAAUGACUACAUCAUCAGUGGAAGCUGCGAUGAGAGUAUGGUCCGUGUUUGUUGUGCUCAAACGGGAAGACGCCUCAGGGAUGUAUCUCUAGAGAGAACCGGCUCGGACUUCUCCAUGAUGUUUGUUCAGUCUCUACGCGGUGACCCCUUCAGAGAAUUUAACAUGAGUGUUUUGGCUGCGUACACGAGACCGAGCUCAGUGUCUGAAAUAGUCAAGAACCUGAGAAGACCCAAACAAAUAAAGAAGAAAAGGAUAACGCAAAACCUCUCGUCUCCCAAAAUCCACCACACAGGCACACAACACAACACAACGACGACAAUGGCCCUUUCUUCUGGAAUCUUCUCUACCUUUCUCUGCGUUGAAACGGCUCCGUUCCGCAGCUCACCGUCUCUCUCGUCCUUCCGUGUGUCCCCUCAUCCGGCUAACCUGCGCAUGGUGCGAGCGGUGACUUCCGCGACGGCGCCUUCCGAGCCGACAGCCACCAAGACUCGGGAGCCACGUGGCAUCAUGAAGCCUCGCCCAGUGUCCCCCGAGAUGCAAGAUGUCGUCGGCGAAUCGGUCAUCCCUCGCACACAGGCUCUCAAGCGCAUUUGGGCCUACAUCAAGGAACACGACCUUCAAGAUCCACAAAACAAGAAGGUUAUAAUCUGCGACGAGAAGCUGAAGAAGAUAUUCGAAGGCAAAGACCGUGUCGGGUUCUUGGAGAUUGCGAAGCUCAUCGGUCCUCACUUUCUCUGAUUGAAUCUGGCUGAGAGAAGACAAUCAAUUGGCUUAUGUUUUGCUGAGGUAUGAAAGGCCAUGAAAGAUCAGAUUAUAUAUUAGUAAAAUUAGGGUUUAAGAAGUUUUAUGCAACGAAGUAGUUAUAAGCCUUUGGAGGAUAUCUUUUGUUGGUUAUGUGUCUCCUUGCUUUUCUUUUUUUGUCUUAGGACUUGAACAACUCUUUUAUGCAUCGGUCAUAUUAUUUACUUUUUCAACAACAAAAAAAUUCGUUUAACAUAAACUAAAUUUUAAAAAGAUAUUGCAAGCGAAGCAAUAUCCUAUAUGAAUAAGAGAUAUUAUUAAAUUAAAAUUUAACUGAAUCGAAGAUAUCCACUUGUUUAUAUCUAAAAUUGCAAAUGAUAAUACGAUAGUGUAAAAACAAAAAGGAAAUUCUCUCAUGAUCGACUUUUGAGACGAUAUAGGAUUAUAAGCGGGAAAAAGGAAAUCCUUUUCAUGAUUGAUUUUGUAGACGACAUAAU